UUUAUUCAUUUUUGUAGGGUUGUUCAGACAGUGGUUAUUUGGUAAAGGUGGACAGACAGGGGGAGGAUAGUAUUAAAGUUCAUGUUGACGAAGAAACCUUCAUGAAAUUGCAGAAUGUUGCAGACGAAGACUUCAGAUCUGCCUGGUUUCAGAAAUAUGAAGAGUUGGAUGAUAACAACAAUUUGCAGAACAGUAAUCAAGAUCAUACAUGGUACCGUCCAAGAACAUUACUGCUGAUUGAGUUGUACAAACAAAACAUUAACAGAAUGAACAAUCCCCAGGUGAGAAAGAAAACAGUAUGGGAACAGAUAACUGCCGAGAUAAAUGAAACUUGCGAAACAAAAUUCCAAGCAUCUCAAGUUGAAGGAAGAUGGAAAACCAUAUUGUCGUCAUAUCGUAAAUGCAAAGAUGCUAAGAAGGAGUCUGGGGCAGCCAGGAAAGAUUACGAGUUCGAGGAGGAGCUUGAUGAUAUAUUAAUGGACAGUCACACGACACAGCCAGCAUUCACUUUCAGCUCAGAUUCGAGAUGCUCAAGUGAGGAAACAAUUGUAUUUGAUGACUUUGAGGAGGAGUGGGCUCCUAUUUGUGAAGAGACCUGUGUUGAUGACUUUAUCCCAAUUCAUUAACAUUACAGUUAUUGGCCCUAUAUUGAUAAUUUAGUGUCAGCAAAAAUUAUUUUCAUGUUUUUGUUCAGUUAGAGAAUAUCACUGUGCAAGUGAGUCAUAUGUUUGUCUGAUUUUUAGCUCACCUGUCACUAUAUAAUUUAGUGUCAGCAAAAAUUAUUUUCUUGUUAAUGUCAUUCUAUUUCUAGUCUUGGUUGUUAUGUCUAAGGGUUUAACAUACUUAUUGCAAUUCUUGUAUGGUGGCUAAAAUUUUUGUUUGUUCAUGUAAAUGUUUUGAAGGUACAAAAUAAAUUUGAGUUUUCUAUUAUGAUUUUUUAUCUGUAAUUCAGUCAGUCAUUGUAGAUACACUGUUUAAAAAAAAUUGUUCAAAGAUAUCAGUCUACCAAUCUAAAGUACAGAACAUACUGUUUGGAAUAUUAACAAUCCGUUUUCAGUAUUGUUUCAAUCCACCACUGUGAUCGAGUAUUAGAGUCGCUGAUCUGAAACCUCUUAUAG